UGCAGGUAGGUUUCCUCUUUUGCACAAGAUAUCUCGAGCUAGAUUACACAAACUUUAAACUACUCCUAUCUUAUUAGAAACCAAACUUUUCUUUUUUAUAAACUACUCGUAUAUAAAAGUAGAGUGCAGGUCAUCAGUUUGGAGACGCAGAGCUGCAUUAUGGCCAGCUUCUCCUUGAAACCACAGCACAAUGGCAGCAGCAGCAGGAUCUACCAUACUAUCUGUAGUGCUACUGCCUCCGAAUGGAGGUCGCUCCUGCGGUCCCGAAGCAGUGUUUCAUGGAGCUGGAAGAAGCACACAAGGUUGCGAUUGCGAUGCUGUCAGGGUUCCAAUGGGGGUGAUGACAGCCGUCUGAGCCAAAACACCGGCAUUUUCCACCCAUCGAUAUGGGGGGAUUUCUUCCUUGGUUGCUCUAGCAGCCCUGAAGAAGCUGCUGCUUCGUCCCAACAAAAGGCUUGGAUGGAACGAUGCGAUGAACUGAAGGAAGAAGUGGGUCGUCUGAUGGUAGUAGAAGCAAACUCACCAUUGCAUGAGAGGCUGCAUUUCAUAGACGCGCUGGAGAGCCUGUGCUUGGACCACCUGCUGAAAGAAGAGAUCGGUGCUGCGCUGACGCAGAUCGAGACCGCCGGUGUCAGUGACGACUGCGACAUUGGGACCGUCUCUCUCUGGUUUUACUUGCUCCGGAAACACCGCCGCAGGGCGUCGCCAGAUGUGUUCGUGAGGUUCAGAGACGCGGAGGGAGGUUUCCAGGCGAACGAUCCUGGGGACCUACUGAGGCUCUACAACGCUGCGCAUUUCAGGACCCAUGGGGAGACAAUACUCGAUGAAGCCAUCGCGUUCGCGAGAAGCCGUCUGGAGAUGAUGCUGCCCUACGUGAAAGGGCCAUUGUUGGCGCAUGAAGUCAGAUCCUCGCUGGAGAUCCCGCUGCCUAGAAGGGUCAGGAUCUACGAGUCAAAGUAUUACAUCCAUGCGUAUGAGACAAGUGGAACGCUGCAUGAGAAGGUACUGCAACUUGCCAAGCUGAACUCCAACGUUCUGCAGCUCCAUCAUCAGCAAGAGCUGAAGAUCCUUACAAGAUGGUGGGAGGAUAUGCAGAUCGGAUCAAAACUUCCUUUCGCACGAGAUAGAAUCGUGGAGUGUUUUCUAUGGAUCUUAGGAGUAUACUAUGAACCGUGUCAUUCAAGAGCCCGGAUAAUAUUGACAAUGGUUAUCGCCAUCGUGACACUCUUGGACGAUAUUUUCGAUUCUUUCGCGACCCCACAAGAAUGUGAAAUACUCACUAAUUGCAUCGAAAGCUGGGAUCCCAAAGGGGCUCAAGACCUCCCAGGUUGCAUGAAAUUUGCUCUAGAGAAGAUAUUGGAUAGCUACCAGACCAUUACAAAUAUGCUCCACCGAGAGGACAAGUAUCGAAUGACGUAUCUAAGACACUUUACAGAAGAUCUAGUGAGAAGCUUCAACAUGGAGGUAAAAAUGCUUCAAAAAGGUUACAUCCCAGAUUCUGUUGAAGAGCAUCUUAAGGUUUCACUCAGAACUGGUGGGUGUCCCAUCUUAUCAUGUGCUUGCUUUGUCGGGAUGGAUGAUAUAGCAACAAAGGAUUUCUUUGAUUGGAUUUCUAGCGUACCCAAAAUGGUGCGCGCACUUUCUAUAAUUCUGAGACUAGCAGACGAUCUCCACUCGUAUGAGCGGGAGCAGCUAAUCCCUCAUGUAGCUUCCACAAUCGACACCUACAUGAAAAAGCACAAUGUCUCAAUUGAAGUGGCGCAGGAAAACAUACACAAACUAAAAGAAGAGUCAUGGAAAGAUUUAAAUAGCGAGUGGCUAAAUCCAUGCAAUGAUGUGUAUCCAAAGCAACUAUUGGAGAGGAUAUUCAACUUGGCAAGGACGAUGGAGUUCAUGUACAACCAAGAGGACAAUUUCACCAACUGCCACAACCUUAAGGAUACCAUUCGCUGCUUGUUGGUAGAGCCAUAUAGGAUCCACAUUUAGUUUUUGGCAACAAACUAAUGAAUUACAGUGUCCAGUUAAUGUAAUGCAGAGUUAUAUGUCAUCCUUAUAUGUGUUAGUAUGUUUUCUCUAGUGUAUGUAAUAUGGUGUCAUCUCAUCCUCAUGUGUGUCAAUCUUCUUUUCAUGUAUAGUGUCAAUAUGUACACAUAUAUGUGGCAUCAUUUUUGUUUUCACCCUAGAGUUUACUCUUGUCGUAUCA